AUGGAGCCCCCCCCCGGCUGCCAACUCCUCUUUGGGGGCCACCGAGCCCCCCCCUUGCUUGAAGCCGAGUACAAGCGGCAGGUCCAAUCCCUCCAGGCCAAGCUGCAGAACUUGGACCGGCAGCGGCGGGAGGUGGUGGCGCAGAUGCAGCAGCUCCUGGGGCGCAGCGAGACCCUGCGGGACUUCCUGCAGCAGGAGCUGAAGGCCUGGCAGGAGCGGCAGCAGCGCAGCUGCCUGGGGGCCCCCGUGGACACCCGCCUGCAGCAGCUGGAGGCCUGGUUCACGGCGCUGGGCGAGGGGCUCUUCCAGCUGCUGCAGCUGCUGCGGGCGCUGGGGGAGCUGCAGAAGAAGGUGACCUACGAGCGGGACCCGCUGCAGGCCGAGACCCCCCUCCUGGAGACGCGGCUGCGGGAGCAGCUCACCUGCCUGCUGCAGAGCGCCUUCGUGGUGGAGCAGCAGCCCAGCAUGCCCAACACGCCCAAGCGGCCGCUGGUGCUGCGCACGGCCAGCAAGUUCUGCACCCGCGCCCGCCUGCUGGUCCGCCUGCACGACCGCAACCACCGCAUGGAGGCCACGAUCCACAUCGAUAGGGACCCUCCGAAGACGCGAGGGUUUCGCAAGUUCAACAUCCUGACUUCGAGCAGCAAAACCCUCCUGGCUGGGGACAGCCCCCGGGAGGGGCUGAUCUGCGACUUCCAGUACCUGACGCUGAAGGAGCAGAAGAUCAGCGGGUCGGGCAAGGGUGGCAAAGGCUGCAAUGAGGGUCCCCUAGCCGUGACGGAGGAGCUGCACCUCAUCACCUUCACGCUGGCGUACGCCUACUGCGGGCUGGAGAUGCAGCUGGAGACCUCCACCCUGCCCUUCGUCAUCAUCUCCAACAGCAACAACCAGCUCUCCAGCGCCUGGGCCUCCAUCCUGUGGUUCAACAUGCUCAGCCCCAACCCCAAGGACCAGCAGUUCUUUGCCACGCCGCCCCCAGCGCCCUGGCCCUUGCUGGCCGAGGUGCUGAGCUGGCAGUUCGAGAGCGUGGCCGAGCGGGGGCUGAGCCGGGAGCAUCUCCAGAUGCUGGCCGAGAAACUGCUCGGCUCGAAGCCAUCUCCGGAGAGCGUCCUGACCUGGUCCAAGUUCUCCAAGGAUGGCGCCGCCGGCUUCUCCUUCUGGGCCUGGCUGGACGGGAUCCUGGGCCUGCUCCAGGAGCACCUCAAGAAGCUCUGGAAGGACGGCCUCAUCCUGGGCUUCGUGAGCCGCAAGCAAGAGAAGAAGCUGCUGAAGGGGAAGCGGACGGGGACGUUCCUGAUUCGCUUCAGCGAGAGCGUCCUGGGGGGGGUCACCUUCACCUGGGUGGAGCAUCCUGAGAGCGGGCGCCCUGCCUUCCGUGCCGUGGUUCCCUACACCACGGUGGAGCUGGCUUCCCUGGCGCUGCCCGACAUCAUCCGCGACUACCAGCUGCUGGCCGAGGAGAACAUCCCCGAGAACCCGCUCCUGUUCCUGUACCCCGACACCCCCCGGGACGAAGCCUUCGGUCCCCACUACAGCCAGCGGCAGGAGGGGAUCCUGACAGAGAAGAAGGAAUACCUGAACCAGCGCCUCAUCCGCGUGUCCUCCAGGCAGGCCAACGAGGCAUGGCAGACAGAAGAGGAGCUGGUGGUUGCCACAGAAAACCUGGAGACGCUGCAGCUGCAGCCCAGCAGGCUGGGAUCUGUGCAGCCCACCAGCCCGGGGACGGUGCCGGUGGUGGCCGCGAGCCCAGGAACCCUGCAGCCCGUGAGCCCCGGGACGCUGCAGGUGGUGGCCGCGAGCCCAGGGGUGCAGCAGCCCCUGGGACCAGGAACCCUGCAGCCCGUGAGCCCCGGGAUGCUGCAGGUGGUGGCCGCGAGCCCGGGGACGCAGCACCCCAGGGGACCAGGGACGCUGCAGCCAGGGGUCCGGGGUCCAGAGGCACCACCACAAGUGGGCCCAGGGGGCUUGGAGAUGCUGCAGGCAGGGACCGGGGCGCAGGAGCCGCAGCUGGUGCUGCAGCUCAUCCCCGAGGGCCAGGGGACGCUGCAGAUGGGAGCAGGGAGCUUGGGGACGCUGCAGGUGGUGCCCGGGGGUACGGGGAUGCUGCAGCAAGGGGGGGCUGGGGACCGAGGGAUGCAGCAAGUGGCAGCCGGGGCCGUGGAGCCGCAGAUGCUGUUGCAGCUCAUCCCCGAGGGCCGGGGGAUGCUGCAGAUGGGAGCAGGGAACUUGGGGACGCUGCAGGUGGUGCCCGGGAUGCUGGGGAUGCUGCAAUCAGCGCCCGGGGCCACGGGGGUGCUGCAACAAGUGGGAGCUGGGGACCAGGGGCUGCCGCAGCCAGGUCCUGGCGCUGCGGGGCCACUGCCAGUCGCAGACGAUCAGGGGCUGCUGCCAGCGGGGCUGGAGGACCUGGGGCCGGUGCUGCAGGGCCAGGGCAUGCAGGAGCUGCUGCAGCUCCUGGAGCAUGACCUGGAGCCGGGCACGGGGACGCUGGAGACGCUGGAGGCAGCGGAGCUGAUGCCCAACAUGGACAGCGGGCUGGGGCUGAUGGACGCCAGGCUGGGGGGCAACGCCGCGCUCCUGGACCCCCGCGACCCCUUCCUGCCACAGCCCGAGGACACAGCCCUGCCUGCCGCCAGCUCCCUCUUCGCCGUGGACACCGACUUUCCCCCGCUCCACAUUGAUGCCAGUGAUUUCCAGUGACUUCCCCCCCCCCCCCAUAUCCCCCUGUAAAUAAACCCUUUUCCCCCCCCA